AUGAUCCAAAACUUUGCGACGCGGCAACGCUCAUGCAUGCUCACUUCAGAGUCAAGCACUUCCAUUUCUGGGCUCGUCAAGUUCGCGAUGGUUCCGCCAUCACGUUCGCCAUUGAUGCAUGACUUACAGCCGUUGCCAGAAGUCAAUGCUGUCGACUUGCUUGCAGAUGACUUGGAGUCCCUGUCGCUCGAGACCGCAGAGGCAGAAAUCAGGAAGCAGAAGCGAAGAUCUGCUGCGCGCGACAAGACAGAAAACAAUAUCCAAAGCAGCGCUGCAAAGGUGUUCGCGAUCUUUGAGCUGGCCGAGCACAUACUGGAGGAUGUCCGUCCGCAAGACCUUUUCAUCUGGAAGCGCGUAAAUACUGCAUUCCGCGAUGUCAUCAACGAAUCUGCUCGCCUUCAGAAAGCCCUAUACGUCCCAGCAGCUUGCAGUGAGGAGGCAUCACCAUUUCAUGUGCCGGCUGUGCUACCGGAAUUCAUCUUCGACUGGCACACCGACCGUGAGAAGCAGGCCUGGCACCGGCCGUAUCCACAACUCAAGCAGGGAGAGUUGGAAAUCGCAAGCAUUUUCGAUGUUCCAGAACUGGAGGCAGACACUGCUUACACGUGGAUGUCGUUAUCGGUAGCCAGGCCGCUUGUCAAGCACGUCACCAUGUUGGUUCACAAGAGUUGCUUUGCGGUUAUCCACGAGGAGGAAGUCAAGCAAAAUGGUGGCGUAACUGUUGGAGAUCUGGUCAAUGCGGCGAUUCGCUACUUUGCACCUUUUCGCCAACACAAGUUGCCAUACCGAUAUCGCUUCGUGCUUCGGAAUGAAGAAUGCCGCCUUACUUUCGGAAUGGAAGAGGUUCAGGUCGGGGCAUCAGACAUGAAUCUGGCUCGGUUCUGCAGAGGAUACGGCAGAACAUACUCGCUUCGUAGGAGCGUCCUGAAGUCUCGGCAAUAUCCCCACGCCUACUUUCGCAAGAGCGUCAUCACCCGCUGGAUCCGGGGCGAGACUAUUCGAGAAUCCACUCCGGUUAUUCGAGAAUCCGGGCAUCCGAUCGCGGAGGAGGCCUAA